AUGCCUGCCAAUACCUCAAAACAGAGGCAAGAUCCUUCCUCAUCAUUGCUCUACAACGAGUCUCAGCACAGCUCGACAGAUAGCAUCAGUCGUCAAGAUCUUCAGCUCAUCUGGAAAUGGAAUCAUACCGUCCCAGAGACAGUCAACAAAUGUGUUCACAGUCUUAUCACGGAGAGAGUGCACCUGCAGCCUGACGACCAGGCCGUUCAGGCCUGGGACGGCAAUUGGAGCUAUCGCCAGCUCGAUGAACUCUCUACCAACCUAGCACAUCGCCUCGUCGAUAUUGGCGUCGGUCCUGAUGUGAUUGUCCCUCUCUGCUUUCAAAAGUCAAAAUGGACUCCCAUCGCCAUGCUCGCUGUUAUGAAGGCCGGAGGUUCAUCAGUGGCUCUGGAAACCUCACUCCCCUUCGAGCGUUUAUAUAGCAUCGUCCAACAAACCAAGCCAAUUGUUAUCUUGGCGUCUUCUUUGGCUGCUGGUCUUGCUGGCGACCUCACCUCAGGCCCACUCGUGCUUGUUGAUGAGGAAAGUACCAGCCUCUCUGUGACAAUCAACAAACUGCCAGAGGUUCACCCAUCAAGCAGGCUUUACAUCAUCUUCACUUCAGGCAGCACGGGCACUCCCAAGGGCACAAUCGUCACCCAUUCCAAUAUUUGUAGUUUAAUUCACCACCAGCAGGUUGUACAAGGCUAUUCGACCUCUUCACGGGUGUAUGAUUUUGCCAAGUACUCCUUCGACAUAGCAUGGUCGAAUUUUAUCCAUACCCUGACUGUGGGUGGCUGUCUGUGCAUCCCUUCCCAGCAAGAGGCUCUCAGCAACCUUGCUGGCUCCAUACGAGCCUACGGUGCAAACUGUAUGAAUAUCACGCCCUCAGUCGGUGCCAUGAUUCGACCCGUGGACUUGAAUGGUACACUGAAGCAUGUUAUUUUCGCUGGAGAGGCCCUGACGAGUCAGCUGGCCUCUGAGUGGGCACAAGUUACCCGCGUGUUCAACUUGUAUGGCCCAGCUGAAUGCGCAGUUGGAGCCACGCUGGCUGAAUUUGACGAUGGCGACGCUGCUGGCAAGCAAGACCCUAACGUGACCAUUGGCCGAGGAGCUGGCUUUUGCACUUGGGUGGUCCACCCUGACUGCCAUGACGAGCUGGUGCCUGUUGGAGCUACUGGUGAAUUGGUGCUGGAAGGCCCAAUUGUCGGAGACGGAUAUCUCGGACAACCAGAAAAGACGGCCGCAGUGUUCAUCGAGAGCCCGAAGUGGUUGGUUGCUGGGUCGCCAGGCUGUCCAGGGCGUCCAGGUCGACUGUACAAGACAGGUGAUCUUGUGCGCUACGAAGCCAAUGGGAAUAUUGCCUAUGUAGGCCGAAAAGACUUGCAAGUUAAGAUCAGUGGCCAGCGUGUGGAGUUGGGCGACGUCGAGUCUCAUGUGCGGACAGAGGUCGCUCAUGGCGGAGGGGAUGUGCGAGUGGCUGCCGAGCUCGUGACACCACGCAACAGCGACAGGUCUUUGCUUGUUGCGUUCAUACAGAUAUCGAACUCAGUUUCCAGCCAAGACAAGGACGGGCUAGAAAUAGAGGUGCAGAGAGUCACCGACGGACUCAACAACCGGUUGGCCGUCCACAUCCCGGCGUACAUGAUCCCGGCAGCCUAUAUACCGCUUGAGGUUUUUCCCACAACAUCUAGUGGGAAAUUGGAUAGAAGCAAGCUUAGAGAAACGGGGGCAGCAUUUUCAUUGAAGGAGCUUAUGGCUCAAGGUUCAUCCUUGCCAGACAAGAGGGAGCCAACCACCGUUAUGGAGCUCCGUUUACGAGGACUUUGGUCCUCUGUUCUCGGUUUGGACGACGAUAGCAUCGGGGCUGAUGAUGACUUUCUACGUCUUGGAGGGGAUUCUAUUGCGGCCAUGAAACUGGCUGGAGCCGCGCGAGAUGACAGCCUACUGCUCAAUGUCGCCGACAUCUUUACCCAUCCGGUACUAUGUGACAUGUCAAAGGUCGUAGCCGAGCUUUUAGAGGAUAGUAGUAGCCCCAUCGAGCCUUUCUCUUUGCUCAAAAACCAUAUCGACGCGGAGUCGGUGCGCAGACAGGCGGCCGUCAUCUGUGGCGUCGCCACUGAGAAUGUGGCCGACGUCUUUCCCUGCACACCUCUACAAGAAGGCCUCAUCGCAUUGACAGCCAAGAAUCCCGGUGACUACAUCUCACGGCAUGUUUUCCAACUGCGGCCUGAGGUGAACACGGAGCGUCUUCGAAAGGCAUGGGAACAGGUCGUGGCGGCAACAGCUAUUCUUCGGACGCAAAUUGUCGACAUCAAGCCCCAAGGCAUGGUGCAGGUGGUCAUUGAUACGAAUGCAACGACGGGAGUAAUGCAUGAGGAGCGACGCAUGAGCCUCGCCAAGUAUAAGGAGAUGGAUGAAAAGCUCACAAUGGACUUGGGAAGUCCCUUGGUCCGAUUCACACUGUUCGAGGAGGAGCGAAAAGAUGAGAAAGAGGCGAGACGUUUCUUUGUGUGGACGAUUCACCACGCGUUAUAUGAUGGAUGGUCUAAAUCACUACUUUUAAAGCGGCUUUCCCAUGCUUAUUAUGGCGGGGAAGGAGAGCUUGAGGAUUUUAUUCCAUUCCAAGGUUUCGUGAAGCAUAUCCUCAAUAUACAGGAAGAUGAGGCAACCAACUUUUGGUCGACGCAGUUCAGGGACAUUAAUGCACAAAUAUUUCCCGCACUGCCGUUGCCGCGUUAUCAGCCGAGAUCUGAUAUCCUGCUGAAGCAUGACAUUAGAGAUCUCCAGUGGCCAAAUGCAAUGGGUAUGACAGCCUCGACCCUGUUGCGAGCUGCAUGGUCCAUCGUCACCUCAUGUUAUACUGGCGCAAAUGAUAUCGUGUUCGGCAUUACGGUGAGCGGCAGGCAGGCAGCUGUCCGAGGAGUGGAUGGGAUAACUGGUCCCACGAUUGCGACAGUGCCGUUGCGGAUUGUCUUGAAUAAGGAAAAGACUGUCGAAGAACUUCUUAUCCAAAUUCAAGACCAGGUCCUCGGCAUGGUGCCAUUUGAACAAACAGGUCUACAACGAAUCAAGAGGGUCAGCCCUGAAGCCGAGCGAGCGUGCGACUUCCAAACGUUGCUCAUCAUCCAGCCAGCCGAGGAUGAGACGGAGAGGUCGUGCCAUGAUCGUCUCUUUGUACGAGAUGGUAAUUUUGAGGAAAUAUGCGAAAUGGAAAACGAAAUGGCAGAAUUCCGCACGUAUCCUUUGUCUCUAGAGUGCCACCUGCAGGAGCAAGGCGUCGUCUUGUCGACAAGAUUUGACUCUGCUGUGCUUCAACACGACCAAGUGGCCAACAUGAUGAGGCAGCUGGAACACGUUGUCCGCCAGCUAUGCAAUUCCCAACAUGCACAGGUCAAAUUGGGAAACCUGGCUCUGAUCGGUCAAGAGGAUCUCGCCCAGAUAUGGCGCUGGAACUCAAGCGUACCCGAGACGGCCGAUGGUGCUGUGCACGACUUGAUUUCUGCUAUAACGAGGCAGCAGCCGAAUGCUGAGGCAGUAUGCGCGUGGGAUGGUAGCUGGACGUAUCGCGAGCUUGACGACCUGUCGACACGUCUGGCACAUCAUCUCGUUGGUCUGGGUGUUGGGCCUGAUACCAUUAUCCCGCUAGUCGUCGAAAAGUCAAAAUGGAUGCCUGUAGCUAUGGUGGCUGUGAUGAAGGCUGGGGGAGCUUCUGUUGCUCUCGACGACACGCAGCCAGAGGAUCGACUUGGAAGUAUCGUGCGACAAUUGGAACCGGUCGUGGUGUUGACGUCGGCCAAGAACCAGGACCUUGCUCGCCGCCUGAGCCCAAUGGUCACGUGCAGCCUGGGUGUGGUCGGCGAGGAGCACCUGCCCAGUCAUCCUUGUGCUUCAACAUCUAUAUCAUCAACACCGACAUCAUCCAUAGAACUCCCAAAAGUAGACUCUUCAAACAGACUCUAUCUCGUCUUCACGUCCGGCAGUACUGGGACCCCAAAGGGCGUGGUCGUAACUCAUGGAAACAUUAGCAGCGCCAUCCGCCACCAGCGGGGUACCCUUGGAUUCACUAAAGAAUCACGAGUCUACGACUUUGCAUCUUACACGUUCGACGUGGUCUGGUGCAAUCUUCUCCAGGGCCUCUCUGCAGGGGGUUGUCUCUGUAUCCCGAGCAACCAUGAUCGCCGCACCGAUCCUCUCGGCGCUAUCAGCCGUCUUGGUGCCAACACGACCAUUUUGACCCCCUCGACUAUCCGGGGAUUGGACUUACAGCCCCUCCGGGAUCUACACCACAUUCUCUUCAUCGGAGAGCCACUCUCAGCUGAUGACAUAAAAAGCUUGCAUCCUGACGUCGCCAUAACUAACCUCUACGGGCCUACUGAGUGUACGACGUUUAGCACGGCCCAACGCGUCGUCCUUCACAAGUCUCCAGGUCUGGAAAAGCGUCAACCCAUUAGCAUAGGCAUCGGCUUAGGCCUACGAACAUGGCUCGUACAGCCUUCGGAUCACUCUAAAUUAGUUCCAGUGGGAUGCGUUGGCGAACUUCUGCUGGAAGGGCCGCUUGUGGCGGCGGAAUACUUUCGAGACGACAAAAAGACGGCUGAUGCCUUCAUAUACGACCCAGACUGGCUCUUGAAGGCAUGUCCCAAUCACUGUGGUCGCCAUGGGCGUUUAUACAAGACUGGGGAUCUUGCACGGUACGACAUAGAUGGAAACCUGAUUUUCCUAGGACGUAAGGACUCCCAAGUCAAGAUCAAUGGCCAGCGUGUUGAGCUGGGCGAUAUUGAGCACCAGGUCCGAUCUAACAUCCUUCACCGUCCAAAUUUAAAUAUAACAGUCAUCGCAGAAGUUGUGAAGCCUCAGGACGGUAGAAAUUCAAUGCUUGUAUGUUUUAUACACAUUGGGGCCACCGAGGCAUCCUUUGAUGAAACGACUGUACAAGAUGCGUUCGAGAGCUUGUCGAAUAGCCUCCCCGACAGACUUGUUGGCAAGGUACCAGCGCAUAUGAUCCCAGCAGCCUGCAUUCCACUCAGCGAGAUCCCUAUGACACCCAGUGGCAAGAUUGACCGUGGUAAGCUCCGUGCGAUAGGUCGACAAAUGGACUUGGAGAGUCUCGUAGGAACCAACUUGUCCCCUAAUUCCGCGCGAUCAGAACCGUCUACAAAUACCGAAAUGCGUCUGAGGGACUUGUGCGCAGUCGUGCUCGGCAUUCGCGAAGAAAAUAUCCCUAUGGACAGUAGCUUUUUACGGAUAGGAGGUGACUCUAUCGGAGCCGUGAGGCUUGUCGCAGCAGCACGGCAGCAUGGCAUCAUUUUCUCCGUCACAGAUGUCUUUGAGCACCCGGUUUUAAGGGAUCUAGCCCGAAUAGCUUGUGUCGCGGCUAGCGAGACUGAGGAACUUGAAAUCGAGCCAUUCAAACUGUUAAGAAAUGUAGGAGUGUCGAAAGACAACCUCAAACAGCGAAUCGCACGUGAGUGCAAUGUUCAGGCUGAGCAAGUCACUGAUGCAUUUCCAUGCACCCCUCUGCAGGAAGGCUUGCUUGGAUUGACUGCCAAGCGAGCCGGCGAUUAUGUUGCACGGUUUAUCUACCCGCUGCAGGCCAGCAUAGAUUACGAGCAGUUUUCGGAAGCAUGGGAGGCCGUCGUUGCAGCGGUACCUAUCUUGCGAACUCGGUUUGUUGAUCUGGGUGACCUUGGCUUGGCUCAAAUCAUUGUCGAUGAACCAACCAACUGGUCAUUCAAGAACGAGCUGAUUAGUGUCAAAGACUAUGAAUUGGCUGAUAAACAGCUUGAAAUGGGCCUGGGCUUAGCUAUGGCACGGUUUGCCAUUGUGAAAGACCCAGCUGAUGGUAGACGUUUCUUUGUGUGGACCAUUCACCAUGCCCUCUACGAUGCCUGGUCCAUUUCCCUGAUAUUGGAGAAGCUGGAAGCUGCAUAUCAUUUUAAGGAAUGCGGUACAAUCACUCCCUCAGUACCGCUACAGGCAUUUGUCAAGCACGUAAUGGACAUUGACCAGAUCACGGCGGCUACUUACUGGAGUGAGCAGUUUCGUGGAUCUGAAGCUCAAACCUUUCCGUCGCUUCCCUCGGCCACUUAUGAGCCAAUGUCUAGUGCCUUCUUCAAGCACCGCGUUAGAAAACUCCAAUGGCCAAAGACUGAUACGACGCCUGCAUCAAUUUUACGGACAGCCUGGACGCUUUUGGCUGCAAAAUAUACUGCUAGCUCCGACAUCGUCUUUGGUGUUACUGUUUCUGGUCGGCAAGCUCAUGUUCCCAACGUUGAGCAAAUUGUAGGACCUACAAUUGCCACAGUGCCAGUUCGAGUUGCUUUCAACUGGACUGAAAUGACUGUGGAACGUCUUCUACGUCAAGUUCAGUCCCAAGCGGUGGGUAUGACGGCUUUUGAGCAGUCGGGUUUGCAACGUAUUCGCUGUGCAAGCGUGGAGGCUGAACAGGCAUGUAGAUUCCAGACUUUGCUCGUCGUGCACCACGUCGAGGAUGGCGAAGACAAAGGGAAGAGUGGCUGGUUCAUGAGUAACCGGGACGAAGACGGAGAAGACGACACCAACGUCACCGAUCAUGAUACAUUCGCCCUAACCAUUGAGUGUGGUCUGGAAAGGGAGGGACUCAGGCUGCGUAUUGCCUAUGAUGCCAGGAUUUUGGAUGCUAAGCAAGUCGAGAGGCUGGCUCAUCAACUCGAGCAUGUCAUUCGACAGAUUUGUGUUCCAAGCAAUGCUAGCUGCCAUCUGGGUAGCUUGGAUAUGUUAAGCGCCCAGGAUUUGGAUGAUAUCUGGAAAUGGAACAACAUCUGUCCCGAAACUUUGCACACUUGUCUACACGAUAUAAUCUCACACAAAGCUCAAUCAAUCCCGGAUGACCAGGCAGUCAAUGCGUGGGAUGGUGACUUAUCCUAUCGCGAACUUGACGAGAUAUCUACGUGCCUGGCGUAUUACCUCGUCAGUGUUGGCGUUGGACCCGAGAUAAUCAUUCCUCUGUAUUUUGAAAAGUCUAUGUUGGCGCCCAUUGCGAUGCUUGCCGUUAUGAAAGCAGGCGGUGCGCCGGUCAUGAUGGACUCGAGCCAACCGCAAGAACGUCUGCAAGUCAUUGUAGAUCAAAUCAGCCCUGUUGUGGUGGUGACUUCGCUGAGUAACAGAGAGCUGGCGAGCACACUCACCGUGGCACCCAUCAUUGCUCUCAGUAGGGAGCGUCUAGAGCAGUUGCGGAGUGAGCAAAAAUGCCUGACGCAGCUUCCACAAGUCCAGCCGUGGAAUAAAGCAUACUUGAUGUUCACUUCAGGUAGCACUGGCGUCCCAAAAGGGGUCAUACUCACUCAUGCAAAUGUGUGUAGUGCAGUUCGCCACCAGCAGCUCGCUCAGGGGUACAAACCUGAUUCUCGCGUAUACGACUUCACUUCGUACGCAUUUGACACAACCUGGAAUAAUUUUAUGCAUACAUUUACUGUUGGCGCCUGCCUGUGUAUUCCGUCAGAGAACGAACGCAGAGAUGAUCUCGCCGGAUCUAUUGAGCGGUUCAAGCCAACCAUCCUCGACAUCACCCCAUCUGCCGCUACGGUCUUGGGGCAUAAUACCAUCCGAUCCCUGCGUACAAUGAUCCUGGGAGGUGAAAGAUUGUCCCCUGAGUACGCUCAGCGUUGGGGAGCACUCGUCGACCUGAAGCUCUGUUACGGGCCAUGUGAGUGUACGCCCACGGCGACUGUUGCCACAGUCGACCCCGACGUGGAUGGCGAACCACCUCUUGGCCCUGCCAUCGGGAUGUGUGCCUGGGUUACAGAUCCAACGGAUGCUGACACUCUUGUCCCGAUUGGUACCAUGGGCGAGCUUGUCUUGGAAGGCCCCCUUGUCGGUCAGGGUUAUUUGAACGACCAAGUAAAGACGGACGCGGCUUUCGUCGAUGACCUACCCUGGCUCCUGCGCGGCGGACCUGGUAGGUCUGGACGCAAGGGCCGCCUUUAUAAGACCGGCGACCUUGUGAAGUAUAAUACAGACGGUUCACUGAUGUUCAUCGGCCGGAAAGAUGCCCAGGUCAAGAUCAACGGUCAACGAGUAGAGCUCGGCGAAAUUGAAAAUCACAUGGUCCGUCACUCACUGACGCGCCAGGCUGUAUCUCUGUAUCCUCGGUCCGGCCUUUGCUCAAGAAAGCUCGUUGGAAUCUUUAGCUUGGAAGACGUCCCCGAAAGUAACAUGUCACCGAUCGAACUUGUCAAUGCGAAGCAUGAUGUCGCUAUUCAGCAGCAUAUUCUAACGCUGCAACAAAUCUUAGGAGAGGCUGUGCCUUCAUACAUGGUACCGUCUAUUUGGGUCCCUCUUAAGAACAUUCCCUUGAAUCCAUCAGGCAAGCUGAACCGCCGUCUGGUGGAAGACUGGCUGAUAAACAUAAGCUCAAAGGAUUUCUCUAGAAUCAGUAACGCGGGUUCCUCAUUUGUAACUCGUGGACCCGAGACGCACGCCGAGCGUGUUAUUUGCGAUGCUUGCAGUGCUAUCUUGAACAUUCCUCCCGCUGAAGUGAAUCUGGGGCGUUCAUUUGUUACCAAUGGCGGCGACUCCAUCUCUGCCAUGCGCCUCUCCUCGCAUUGCCGUGCUGCCAAACUGGCCGUUUCUGUAAGCGUGCUGCUAAAAAGCAAAUCACUCGUCGAUGUAGCCCGGCUCUCUGCUGCUGCUGCCAUAGACCUACAUCGUGCCCAAGGAGGCGAAGAAGUAUUUGGCAAGGGCUUCAAGCUGUCGCCUAUUCAGAAGUGGUUCUUUGGCCAGACUCCACCUGAAUGUGUUAAUAAGGAAAAUUAUUAUUGUAACCAAGGGUUUUAUGUCAAAAUCAACCGUCACCUUUCGACUGAAAACGUCUCUCUAGCUAUUCGCAAGAUCGUCGAGCAGCAUUCCAUGCUCCGUGCGCGAUUCCACUACUCUAAUCACGAAUGGAUGCAGAUUGUUCCCAAGCCAGAAGAUGGCUUUUACCAUUUUGGCUCCUCUGAAGCCCAGUCUUUGGAUGAAGUGAAGUCCCAGACGAUCAAGAGUCAUCGAAGCCUUGACAUCGAGCGCGGCCUGGUUUUCGCAGCAGAUCUAUACACGUUGCCAUGUGAUGACCAAUAUUUGACUUUAAUCGCCCACCAUCUCGUCGUUGAUCUCGUUUCAUGGCGUAUCAUAUUACAUGACCUCGAGGCUUUACUUAGCGGAAAUAAGCUUCUCGAUGGACUUCCGUUUCAGCUCUGGAACAAGCUACAAAUACAGGAAGCCCAAGGGCUUGAUCAGCUCCAUGAGGAUAUUUUACCCCAUAUUGAAAAGGUCAAUAAUGCACAAAUCGAGUUUGUCUACCCAUCUUCUCCUAUGGUAGAUGGAAUUCUUCUCAGUCAGUUAAAAGGUACAGGCUCCUAUAAAACUUCGCAAACUUGGGAAAUACGACCUGUCAAAUCUGGCUCGGGUCGCCUUGACGCCUUGACCAACGCGUGGCAAGCGGUUGUCGCUCGACACCCCUCUUUGCGAACUGUAUUCAUUGAUAGCAUGGAUGCCUCGGUUGCGUACAAUUCAGUUGUGCUAAGAUCCUACCGUGGCGACGUUGCCCUUCUUAAAGAGCAGAGUUUCGAAUCAGCCAUUACUAGACUUAGGGAACUGCCCGAAGCCAAUUACACUCUAGAUAGGCCGGCUCAUCGAUUGGUGGUUUGUGACAUCGUGGAAGAUAGCCGCUUUGUCUGCAAAAUCGAGAUGAGCCAUGCAAUUUCUGAUGGUGCUUCAACGGCCAUCACCAUGCAAGAUUGGGGUCGAGCUUAUUCUGGGGAGCUCAAUAUCGAAGAACUAGGUGACACCAGUGAGGAAUUCGCUCGAGCCCUUCUGUCUGUGUCGGGAACGGAUAAGAUGACCUACUGGAAGCAGAAGCUGUCCAAUACGGAGCCUUGCCUUUUCCCACGUCUUACUGAUGCUGGGCUGAUAGUCGAUGAGCAUGAUGCUGGAGUAGUCACCUUGGAACUCUGCAAAGAGACAUUCGAUCGGGUUCAGCAAUUUUGCAAGUCACAGUCUGUGACUCCUGCCACCCUGUUUCAGAGCGCUUGGGCUCUUGUUCUCGCGAGCUAUUCAGGCAUCGACUCUGUCUGCUUUGGAUAUUUGGCAUCUGGGCGGGAAUUUCCUGUCAAGGGUAUCGUGAACUCUGUUGGUGCUUUUGCCAACGUUAUGAUCUGCCAAGUAAAUAUUUCCCCGGAUUGGAGCGGCGCAGACUUGGUUCAAUACAUACACGGGCAAGUCUUGGAAGAUUUGGGCUUCCAACAUUGCUCGAUUGGCGAUAUACAACACGAGCUAGGUCUCCCAUUCGGACAAAAUCUUUUCAACUCCAUCAUGUCAUUCCAAAGGGACAACGAUAAUCUCGAUGAAGGCAUAAGGACCCGAGAUUUGUUGUUCACUAAUCUUGAGUGGGAAGAUCCGACCGAGUAUGAUAUUACGAUGAACAUAAGAUAUACCGACGUUUCGGCCUGCUUCACGCUUGAACACCGACUAACGUGUAUUUCUAAUGAACAGGCCAAUCGCGUUGCUUUACUUCUGGAAAAAACUAUCAUGUCCCUCGUUGGCGACGGCAAUGUAGACUCUGUCGCCGGCCAUAACGCGCAAACAUUGGCUGAAAUGGAAAGCAUAACCGACAAAGACUUGCAAGACAUCUGGAAGUGGAACAAGGCUGUGCCUGAAGCGGUCAAUGGACUCGUACAUGAUUCAAUUGCCGACGUUGUUCAGAAAAACCCCGAUUCGCCUGCCAUCUGCGCUUGGGAUGGUGGUUUCACGUAUGCCGAGAUGGAUGCCCUUGCUACGAAACUCGCAUAUUACCUUGUUACAUAUGGCAUUGGGCCUGACGUUAUUGUGCCUUUGUACUUUGAGAAGUCAAAAUGGAUGCCUGUGGCUAUGCUUGCCGUCAUGAAAGCAGGCGGUGCAUCCGUGGCUCUGGACAGCACUCUUCCACAGGAGCGCAUUCGCAGCGUCGUUUGCCAGGUGAAUCCUAUAGUUAUUCUAACAUCCUCGGCAAAUCUGCAAAUGGCAAACCGUCUCACAGAUUGUGUUGCUAUCCCUGUGAGCGCUACACACCUUGAGCAGCUCGGUGCUGUUCCCAGAUCAUUGCCGGCCAUAGACCCAUCCAACAAGCUAUAUGUGGUCUUCACAUCUGGUAGCACUGGAAUUCCUAAAGGCGUUGCCAUCACGCAUUCUAACUUCUGCAGUGCUAUUCGGUAUCAGCAGAAAGCUUUGGGUUUCAGAAACACAUCACGCGUAUAUGAUUUUGUGAAAUAUGCGUUUGAUGUGACUUGGUCCAACUUUUUGCAUACCAUGACCGCAGGCGGCUGUCUCUGCAUCCCCUCUGAGACCGAAACUUCUAAUAAUAUCACCAGCUCCAUGAUCUCGUACAAGGCAAAUUUUGCUGAUUUGACCCCAUCUGUCGCUAGCACUCUACGCCCAACCGAUCUUGUUACGCUGGACCAUCUGUUGUUCAGCGGCGAGGCUUUGACAAGUCAUCUUGCUGCGCAGUGGGCCGAGAGAGUGACUGUUCUCAAUACCUAUGGUCCUGCAGAGUGUAGUGUCAAAGCAACAUUUGAAGAGGUUGGCAGGGCUGGUCGUGGUGCAUCAGCUGCUAGCAUAGGUCGGGGAUUCGGCCUGUGUACCUGGAUUGCUAAACCGACAAACCAUAACCAGCUUGUGCCGUUUGGUGCUGCUGGCGAGCUUUUGCUUGAAGGGCCGCUUGUCGGCGCAGGGUACCUGAGCGAUCCCGUCAAAACUGAGGCCGCCUUUAUCCAAGAUCCGACUUGGCUUGCUCGUGGAGGGCCGGGCUAUACUGGCCGCAGGGGACGUCUUUAUAAGACUGGAGAUAUAGUACGCUAUAAUUCAGACGGGGGCAUGACUUUCCUAGGUCGAAAGGAUGCUCAAGUCAAGAUUAACGGUCAGCGGCUGGAGCUUGGGGAUGUUGAGUAUCAUGUGCGGUCGAAUAUCAUCCAUGACGGGCUUGUGCAGAUAUUCGCUGAAAUCAUCAAGCCCCAGGGAAGCAAAAAGUCUCUCCUCCUAGCUUUCGUUUACACCGGGGGAAAAGUAUUGUCAUCCAAUAAGCAACGCGUUGAGCAGACCAAGAAGCUUACAGCCGGCCUUGAUGAGAGACUUGGUUCCAAAGUACCGAGCUUCAUGAUUCCGGCCGGUUAUCUGUUAAUAGACCAUAUUCCCAUGACAACAACCGGCAAGACUGACCGUCGUCGAUUGCGUGAGAUGGGCCAGGAGUUGACCUUUGAGCAAGUCAUGGCGCUCAAUUCUCGCCAAGCCCAACACAAGCCACCCAGCACAAUCACAGAGAAGCGUCUGCAGCGCCUUUGGGCAUCCGUCCUGGGUGUCAAAGCUGACUCGAUCAGCGCAAAUGAUAGUUUCCUCAGGAUUGGAGGGGAUUCUAUUGGUGCUAUGAAGCUGGUGGGACUUUCUCGUGAGGAGGGGCUUAGCCUCACGGUCACGGAUAUAUUUAAGCAGCCCAAGCUGUGCGAUCUGGCCUUGGUGUUGACGGAGGUCUCUAGCACAGAUUUUGACACUAUUCAGCCAUUUUCUCUCCUCAACCACGAUAUUGAUCCUCAGGUGGCGCGGAAUAAGGUUGCCGAGCUGUGUCAGGUUGAUAGCUACCAGAUCGAAGAUAUAUUUCCGUGCACGCCGCUGCAAGAAGGCCUUCUUGCACUGACGGCCAAGCGAGCUGGUGACUACGUGGCUCGGCACGAGAUGCCGCUACGGGAGACCAUUGACGUGGCUCGGUUCCAAAAGGCUUGGGAAGAGGUCUUGCGGAUGGACCCGAUUCUGCGCACACGCAUUGUUGACCUGCCAGGCCAAGGGUUAGCCCAGGCUAUCCUAGAGCAAGAUGUGGCUUGGACUCAGUGCUCUAGUAUCCAAGAGUAUCGAGAAUCGGACGAGAAGCUCGUGAUGGGAUUGGGCAAGGCACUUGUUCGAUAUGCCGUCAUUCACGACCCUGAUCAGAAGCAACGUUCCGUUUUCGUGUGGACGAUCCAUCAUGCCCUCUAUGAUGGAUGGUCUAUGCCGCGCAUUCUAAAGAGGUUGGAAGUGGCAUAUAAGGGAGAGGUGGCUCUUCAGGAGGCUCCUCCUUUUCAACGCUUUGUUAAACGCAUUAUGAGCACUGAUGAGGGGCGCACAAAGCGAUUUUGGCAGGCGCAGUUUGAGAAUUCCGAGGCCCGAGUGUUCCCUUCUUUGCCCUCUCCCGCAUAUCAGCCACUUGCCAACUCAUCGUUCUCCCAUUAUAUCAGCGACCUAGAUUGGCCAAAGAGCGACAUCACAGCAUCCACAGCCAUUCGCACGGCAUGGUCUAUCUCGGUGGCGAAGUACACAAACUCGGAUGAUAUAGUCUUUGGAGCUACAGUGAACGGUCGGCAGGCUAAUGUUGAGCAAGUGGACGCGAUGACGGGUCCUACACUCGCAACCGUGCCAGUCCGAGUAGUCUUGGAUUGGGAACGGACCGUUGAGACUUAUCUUGGACAGGUUCAAGCUCAAUCCGUGGAAAUGGCCGAAUUUGAGCAGACGGGGUUGCAGAAUAUUCGUCAAAUGAGCCCCAAAGCGAAGCAGGCCUGCGACUUCCAAACACUUUUGCUCAUACAUCCUCCAGAGGAGGCAGUACAAUCCGAGUCUCUGAUCUUUGCCCCCAAGGGUCAAGGUAGUGAUGGAGAUGGUGAAGAGGUCCAGCUAUCAGAAUUUGAUACACACGCCAUCACAAUCGAAUGUGAUAUGUUGCAGCGUGGUCUGAACCUGAGGAUCGAGUUUGAUCAGGACAUCCUGACUCAGCGUCGGAUCGAAAGGCUGGCUGCACAGAUGGAGCAUAUUCUGCGGCUAUUGUGUGAUCCAAACCACGCAAAGAGGAGAUUGGGAGAGUUGGACCUGAUCAGCAAGGGGGAUCUUGAAGAUAUCUGGGGGUGGAACGCUACUGUUCCGGAGACGGUUCAGGGUCUUGUACACGAUGUAAUCAUCGCAAAGGCUCGGAAACAACCUAAAGCCCCUGCCAUAUCCGCUUGGGAUGGCAAUCUCAGUUAUGGGGAGCUUGAUGACUUGUCGUCACGUCUAGCUAACCAUCUACUGCAUUUUGGAGUAGGACCAGAAGUCAUUGUUCCUCUGUGUUUUGAGAAAUCAAGAUGGACUCCAGUUGCAAUGCUUGGUGUCAUGAAGGCUGGUGGAGUUUGUGUUAUGCUAGAUCCCAACUUGCCCGAGGAUCGACUCUUGAUCAUUUUGCAGCAGGUCAAGCCGAAACUUGUUCUCUCAUCUUUAGAAAACGAGGCAGUGGCGACCGGCCUGUCAGAUGGCAAGCCUCUAGUUGUGAUUGACGAAAAGCUGUUACUUUCACUGGGGGUGCCCGACUCCGAGGCCCUGCCUAAAGUGCUGCCGUCAAACACGCUCUACAUUGUCUUCACUUCGGGAAGUACUGGCAUUCCUAAGGGCGUACGGAUUACGCAUGCCAAUUUCAGCAGCUCUCUGCUACACCAGCAUAGCGCUCAUGGGUUUGACAGUAGGCCUGAUGCGCGAGUUUACGACUUUGCGUCCUAUGCAUUUGAUACAUCUUGGCAGAACAUGCUGGCGACCUUUGACUGUGGCGCCUGUUUAUGUAUUCCGUCAGAAGACGAGCGACGCGAUGAUUUAGCUGGUUCAAUUCAACGAUUCGGGGUCACUCAUUGUGAAUUAACGCCCUCAACCGUCAAGGUGCUACCUUUGGCAACCCUCAAGUCCCUCGAUACUUUGAUCUUGGGAGGUGAGAGGCUGCAAGAUGAGUGUGCCAAGAAGUGGGCGCCUCUCGUGGAUCUCAAGAACUCGUACGGUCCUUGCGAAUGUACGCCGACGUCUACCGUCGCCGAUGUAGACCCAAUCAAUCCCAACGCAGCGCGUAUAGGCACGGGAAGAGGUGUCAACACUUGGAUUGUAGACACUAUAACUGGCGAGUCCUUGGUGCCUAUAGGAGGCAUCGGCGAGUUGAUGAUUGAGGGACCACUCGUCGGGCCUGGCUAUUUGGAAGAUGUUGAAAAGACUGCUUCUGUCUUCAUCAACAACCCAUCCUGGCUUACCCGAGGAGGCCCAGGCCAUCCCGGUCGUGACGGGCGCUUAUAUAAGACUGGUGACUUGGUCUACUACGACGAAGACGGUGCUCUCAGUUUUGUCGGGCGCAAGGAUGCUCAAGUCAAGAUUCAUGGCCAACGUGUGGAACUAGGAGAUAUAGAAAACCACGUCGCGCGCCACCACCUAACAAGACAAUCAGUAUGCCUGUUCCCUAAAUCGGGGCCUUGGGCUAACACGCUCGUCUGCAUCUUCAGCAUCCAGAAUAAGCAGCCUAGUCGUGACCAACUUGACGUAGAACAGGAUCAACGAUCGCCUUCUCCGGCCACCAGCUCGGCAUCGCCUGAAAGCAGUCUUGCCAGCUUGAGCUUCACGGAGGAUUCAACGCUUUUGGAUUCGCCGCCCGGCGCUGAAUUGACGGUUGAAAACCUCACUGGUGCUGUUCGAGGUCACAUUGAAGAUAUGGAGAGUAACCUUGAGAGCUCUCUACCUUCCUACAUGGUUCCCACAAAAUGGAUUGCCUUGAAGGAUAUUCCUCUCAAUCCAUCUGGCAAGCUAGACCGUAAGAGGCUUGAAUUGUGGCUUAUUGAAAUGGAACAAGAGAUGCAUGCCAAGCUGUUCGACAUUGGUGAUGGCGCUAUUUGCCAAGAACCGGAUACCCAAGCCCAACGAGUUUUAAGGGAUGCUUGUAGCCUUGUUUUGAACGUUUCAGCCUCUGAAAUCAAUCUUCAGCGCUCCUUCAUAUCAAAUGGAGGAGAUUCUAUAUCGGCUAUGCGGUUGAGUCCAUACUGCCGUUCGGAAAACGUUAUCUUCUCUGUGGCCACUUUACUCAAGUCCAGGACUUUGGCUGAGGUGGCUAAUCUCGCUUCUGCUGCUGCAGACACAGAGCUCUUCCACGAUGCAGAAGAGUUUAACAAACCAUUUUACCUGACACCAAUUCAGCAAUGGUUCUUUGACCAAGCUCCAAAUAACCUCGUCAACACGCCAAGUUACCACUGUAACCAGUCGUUCUACGUUCGCAUCAACCAACAAAUCGAUCCAGAGGAUAUCCGCAGCGCGCUUGCAAAACUCGUGGACUUGCAUUCAAUGCUUCGUGCCCGGUUUCAGCUUCUAGACUCUGUCUGGAUGCAGACUAUCCCUCCAACGGAUGAAUCAAUAUACCAUUUUGCCUUUGUAAGCCUAGAGUCAAUGACAGAGAUGCAGUCUCUCGCUGGACGUCGUCAACAGCUUCUAGACAUUGAACGGGGCCUGGUAUUCUCUGCCGACCUCUGUCAACUUAACGUAGAUGAGCAAUAUCUAGUUCUGAUAGCCCAUCAUCUAGUCAUUGACCUUGUCUCUUGGAGAAUUAUUCUGGAUGAUUUGGAAACUCUUCUUACAGGCAGAACUCUGCCGCCAAGCUUGCCGUUCCAGAUUUGGAGUGGCCUGCAACAGGAGGAGGCAAAAACCUCUAGAAGCGUCAUUCCUGAAAUCGAGAAACUAAACCGUACGAGAGUAGUGGAUAUCUAUCCCUGCUCUCCAAUGGUGGAGGGAAUGCUUCUGAGCCAAUCCAAAGGGGUUGGAUUCUACGAAACUUCUCAGUUUUAUGAGAUUAAACCGCGUGGCUAUCGUACUAUCAACGUGGACCAGUUGUCUUCUGCUUGGCGAGAUUUGAUUUUCCGCCAACCAUCUCUGAGGAGUAUUUUCAUCGAGAGUCUAGACUCUGGCUCCGUGCACAAUCAAGUCGUCUUGGAGGAGUGUGAGGGCGAUAUUGUGCUGCUUGAGAGUGACAACCUGCAAGCUGCGCAAACGCUACUGUGGAAUCUUCCAAAGGUGAAUUACCAGCAACUCAGACCACCUCACCGUAUAACACUUUGUAAAGUCAUGAAUACGAACAGCAUCUUUUGUCGGAUGGAAAUGAGUCACACAAUUACAGACGGUGCAUCUACUGGUAUCGUCAUUGAAGAAUGGGCCAAGGCUUAUGCAGGCAUCUUGCGCAGGGAUAACCUAAACGAGACAUGUCGUGGUUUUGCGCGUGUUUUGAAUGCCAAUCUAGCGGAAAGCAAGAAGAGUUAUUGGAAGAAGAAGUUGAAUGGCCUUCAGCCUUGUCUAUUUCCACAUCUACAAAAGAUAUCGCAACCUUUGGAAGUGGUUUCGUGGUCAGUUGUUGAUAUAGACGGGGAAGGUUUUGCUUCUGUGCAAAGGUUUUGCGAGUCUCACUCAGUCACGCCGGCCAGUCUCUUCCAUUCGGCCUGGGCUCUCACAUUGGCAUCGUAUGCAGGUAUGCAGAGUGUCUGUUUCGGCUACGUCGCAUCAGGUAGAGACCUUGACGUUCCCGGAAUUGGGGAAGCAGUUGGCGCAUUCGCAAACAUGCUUGUGUGUCGCGCAGACAUUUCGCCAGACUGGACUAAACAACGAUUCGUCCAGUCUCUCCACCAUCAAGUGUUGGAGGACAUGGAAUGGCAACACUGCUCUUUGGCGGAUAUUCAACAUGAUUUGGGAAUUGUCUCCGGGCAGCAGCUGUUCAACACCAUCAUGUCUUUUCAAAAGGAUGUCGAUGGUGGUGAGACCAUCAGCCCAGACUUGGACUUCAUCGACGCUGACGGGGACGACCCCACGGAAUACGAUGUUUCUAUCAGCAUAACAUUUAGUGCCGAGUUGGUGAAGCUGUUCAUCAACUGUGUGCCUUCUGGGUUUAGCAAUGAGCAAGCACACCGCAUCGUGGAGUUGCUCAGGGAAACGGUCCUCCAAAUAGUGAAACACGACAAUCUUCAACACGAGCAGAACUCGCUGCGCAGCAUUGAUAGGGUAGCCGCAAAAGACCUGCAAACGAUUUGGGAAUGGAAUUCAGUCGUUCUCGAGACUGCAGAUACAUGCCUCCAUGAACUCAUUGCUAAGACAGCUCAAAGCCAGCCUGAAUCGUAUGCUGUUAAUGCAUGGGACGGCAACUGGACAUAUCGCGAACUAGACUAUAACGCCGGUCAGCUCGCUCAUCAUUUUGUCAAUCUGGGCGUUGGGCCCGAUACUGUUGUUGCUUUAUAUAUCGAAAAGUCGCGAUGGAUGCCCCUUGCCAUGUUGGCAGUUAUGAAAGCUGGCGGAGCUUCUGUUCUGCUGGAUACAUCCCUAUCUGGUGAUAUUAUUGACUCGAUUAUGGAGCAAUCAAAUCCUUCCCUCUUGGUUAUCUCGAAUUUGACCAAAGAAGUCACGCACAUGUUCUCAAACCGUCCAGUGAUGGUCAUUACUGACACUAGCCUGGACACAUUGCCUAAAGAUCCUGAUGCCUCUCUACCUACUGUUCAACCAGCCAGCCAAGCGUGCCUUGUCUUUGCCACGAGCAAGGUUGGUUCGCUCUUUGGCUCUAUCCUUACCCAUGCGAACCUUUCCAGCCUUGUAAGGUACCAGCAAAGUGCCUUAGGAUACAAGUCCAACUCCAGGGUAUACGAUUUCAUGCCAUAUGCAUCCCAUAUGACCUGGAGAGUGUUUGCACAUACUUUCACAAGUGGCGCUAGCCUCUGUAUUCCUUCCGAACACGAACAGCAGAGUUCAAUAACUCAGUCAAUAAUCCAGUGGCAACCGACAAUAUUGAACACUACUGUGUCAGAUGCGGCUUGUCUUGACGAAAGCUGUGUCCAGUCACUACAAACCUUGAUACUAGAUGGAGAACGUCUUCCCGUGGACAUAGCUAGAAGGUGGAGUCCAUUAGUAGACCUCAAGCUUGCAUACAGCUUCUGCGAAAGCUCUAUAACGGCUACUGUGGGCACUAUUCGCCAAGAGGAUGUCAGUGACUCAAGCAUCGGAAGAGGCCUUGGUGUGAACACUUGGAUUGUUGAUCCCCGAGACAGCGGGAAACUUGUGCCCAUCGGGAGCGUCGGCGAGCUUUUGUUGGAGGGACCUUUGGUUAGCAUGUGUCAUGGAGGUAAUGUUGAGGAUGCGGCGGCAGCUUUCGUUGACAAUCCGCCAUGGCUCAACCGUGGCUGUGAGGUCCUAAGCCAUCCAGGCCGCACAGGUCAAGUCUUCAAAACUGGCGAUCUUUUCCGCUACAGUGCAGAUGGUACAUUGGUCUUCGUUGCUCAUAAAGAUGCCAUGGUGAAAAUUCAAGGCCAGCACGUGGAGCUGGAAGAAAUUGAGUAUCACAUGCUGAGUCUGUCAUCGGUACGUCAAGCGGCUUGCCUGGUUCCCAAGGCCGGGCACUAUACCGGCAAGCUUGUUGGCGUCUUUAGUCUUGAUGGGAUCUACGAGGGCAGUAGUGACAUUGGAAGUAUCGCUACACAUCUAAUCCCAAGAGACAAGUCUGAGGAUGUACAGGCGUGCAUCGCGUCCCUGCAAUGUAUGCUGGACCAAUCAGUUCCUGCUUUCAUGGUCCCAACUGUCUGGGUGGCUCUGAAAAACAUCCCUCUGCAACCUUCAGGCAAGUUGAACCGAAAGUUGCUCGAAAACUGGCUUUGUUCGCUCGAUGCAGAAACACACACUAGAAUAUCUAGCAUAGGCUCAUCUUCCAGUGACCCAGUAACAACAGCAGAAAAAGUUAUCCGAGAGGCAUGUAGCCACGUUCUCAGUAUCCCUGUCAACCAUAUCAACAUGCAGCGGUCUUUGAUCGCUAAUGGCGGUGAUUCUAUAUCUGCCAUGCAAAUCAGUCCGCAUUGUCGAGCAUCUGGAAUCUCUGUUUCUGUCGCCUCACUGCUUAGAAGCAAGACACUCGUCGGCGCAGCCGAAUCGGCAACCGUUACCACGAGACCCUCUGUGUCUUGUGAGCAAGAUUUUGACAAGCCUUUCAAUCUCUCUCCAAUACAACAGUGGUUCUUCAAGCAGUGUCCACCUGAAAAGGUAAAUACACCAACUUACUACAGUAACCAGGCUUUUUAUGUUCGAGUAAAGCGCCAGGUACGGCCCGACGAUGUGUCUCAUGCCAUUCGUAGUCUUGUCGACCAACAUUCGAUGUUAUCGGCACGGUUCUCCUUCGAUAAGACGACAAGUUUGUGGACGCAGUUAGUUCCAAAAGCAAGCGACGCUAUCUAUCAUUUUUCAUCCUCACAGGCGGAGUCUCUUGCCAUUGUUGAAUCUAUUAUAGCUCAGCGUCACCAAGAGCUUAAUAUAGAGAAGGGGUUGGUUUUUGCCACGGACCUGUUCACCCUUCCGUCAAGUGACCAGUACCUUGCUCUUAUUGCUCAUCAUUUGAUUGUCGACUUGGUGUCGUGGCGCAUCAUUUUGGAUGAUUUGGAGGUUCUGCUGAACGGUGGCAAAAUUCAAAAGGAGCUGCCGUUCCAAGCCUGGGAUAGUCUACAGAGACAUGAAGUUCAAGCGCCAAGUUACGCGCCUAAGAAAGUAUUGUUCAGUGAGGUGCUCAAUGACCUUGCAUUCUGGAACUACACCCCAAACACCCUAAACACCUUUAACGAUCACAUUGAGCAAUCAUUCGAGAUUGACCGUGAGACAACUGCAGUCUUGCUCGGGGAAGCCAACAAAGCUUUUGACACAGAGCCGGUUGAUUUGAUUCUGGCGUCAGUUUGGAAUGCAUUCUUUGACACCUUCAAGACACGUAAAGGCCUCACCAUCUUCAACGAAGGGCAUGGGCGAGAACCAUGGAGCAGUGACAUUGAUUUGUCCCGCACUGUUGGCUGGUUCACCACAUUGACACCGAUGCAUAUAUCGCGCGAAGAAACGGUGAGUAACAAUGCGAGGGUGAUCAAAGAUGCACGGAGGCGACUCCCAUCAAAUGGCUGGGCCUACUUCACCUCACGCUAUCUCAACGAUGAGGGUAUUAAAGCCUUUGGCUCUCAUGAUAAUAUUAUGGAAUUUCUGGACUUGGAUUACAACUGUCUGGACGAGUUGCAAAAUCGUAUUCUUCCUCCCCUCCAGUCCGAGCUUGCCACAACUAUUGGCGACAUCUAUCCUUGCUCUCCCAUGGUUGAUGGCAUGCUACUCAGUCAGAUUCGGAAUCCUGAAACUUAUAUGACGUCGAUCAUGUAUGAGGUACAGACCAGCCAGGAGCGCCUCGAUAGGGAAACCCUGAUCGAGGCAUGGCAAGCCGUUAUUGCGCGCCAUCCAGCCCUUCGCAGCGUUUUUGCCGAAGGCGUCGACAAGAAGUCGGCCUUUGUUCAGAUCGUGCUAGAGAAGUAUCGAGGAGAGGUUAUGGUUCUCAAAGGCUCAACGAAGGCGGCGGCUGUAGCUUUGAUCCGGCAGUUGCCCGUUAUCGACCAGGGAAGAUCGAAGCCGCCCUGCCGUCUUAUUCUCUGCGAAGUUGCGGAGGAUAACUCAACCAUCUGUCAGAUCGAGAUGAGCCACGCCAUUGUAGAUGGAGCAUCUACAGCCAUCAUGUUGAGUGACUGGUCCAAGGCUUACAGCGGAAUGCUGGGCACAGAAGUGCUGAAUGGACCAAAUCGCAGUUUAGCCCAGGCUCUCAAGACCAGCGAUGUAGACAAGAAAAUGAUGCACUGGAAGAAUAAGCUCGCGGAAGUAGAGCCCUGUCACUUUCCUCGUUUGUCUGAAUCGCCUUUUGCUAGUACUGGCACAGUCAGUGUCGACCUCGGUGGAGACGACUUUACACGAAUCCAACAUUUCUGUGAAGCCCAUUCAGUUACUCCGGCGAGCAUAUUCCAGAGCGCCUGGGCGCUGCUCCUAUCUAGUUACACUGGGAGCGAUGCUGUAUGCUUCGGUUAUAUUGCAUCGGGCCGUGAUCUGCAGGUUGAUGGGAUCGGAGAUUCGAUUAAUGCUUUUGCCAAUAUGAUGGUUUGUCGUGCCAAUAUAUCGCGUACUUUGACUCCAGACCAGCUCAUCCAGGGGCUUCAUGAGCAAUUAUUGGAAGACUUGGACUAUCAACACUGUUCUCUUGCUGAUAUACAGCACGAACUCGAGCUUGCACCCGGUAUUUCUCUGUUUAACACGAUUGUUUCCUUUCAAAAGGAUGAUUUUGAGGCGCAGGGCAGUAUCAAUAUCGGCGGACUGGUGUUUAUUGAUAUGGAUUCUGAGGAUCCUAUUGAGUACGACCUUUCUUUUGAUAUUAGUUAUGGCAAGAAGCAGGCAUCCUUUUCAAUAGACUAUCGACAAUCUUGUUUGACAAACAAACAAGCUGAGCGUGCCAUUGCCCUAUUGAAGAUCAUUGUCGCAUCUCUCGUUAAUGAAGAGGCAUUGUUUGGCACCAUCGCCGAUAUUAGCAUGGUUGACCAGGAUGACGUUGAGCAGAUGUGGAAUUGGAACUCUGUCGUUCCUGAGAAAGUGGAGUCCUUAACACACGAUGUGAUAUCUCAGACAGCACUUAAGUUUCCCUCCUCCAUGGCCAUCUGCGCUUGGGAUGGAGAUUGGACAUAUCAGCAGCUAGAUAAGCUGUCUACUACACUUGCUCAUGAAUUAGCUCGUCUUGGUGUCGGUCCUGAAACGAUAGUUCCGCUCUGCUUUGAAAAGUCUCGUUGGGUACCAGUGGCGAUGCUUGCUGUGAUGAAGGCCGGUGGCGCGAGCGUGGUUUUGGACUCUACUCUCCCCCAAGAACGUUUACGAGUUAUUCUGCAACAAGUGUCGCCGGUUAUUAUACUCAGUUCACCUGCUAGCCAGGAUAUCAUCAGACCAUUAAGCCAAAAGCCUAUCUUUGUGGUCGAAGAGAUGAAUGUGGCCCGAUUGGAAGCGCCACUCGAUUCGGGAACAGCCAUUUCUAGUGUGAUGCCCUCCAACACGCUUUAUAUUGUCUUCACUUCUGGCAGUACCGGAACCCCAAAAGGCGUGGUUAUUAGUCACUCGAAUUUUGUCAGUGCCCUCCGUCAUCAAGAUGGCAUGUACAACUUCAAGACUGGCUCCCGAGUCUAUGAUUUUGCGUCUUACACAUUCGACCAGUGUUGGUCCAAUGUGCUAACCGCUCUUGCGAGCGGUGCCACUCUCUGCAUUCCAUCAAAUGCUGAACGCCAGAGUGAUCUGGCUGGAUCACUAGAGAGAUUCCAGGUCACUCACGUAGACAUGACCGCUUCAGCCGCCCAGCUUCUUCCGCCUAGUAUAUUAAAGCGUUUGGACACAUUGAUCCUCGGUGGCGAGCCUCUUUCACCUGAAUUGGCGAGGUAUUGGUCUAGUAUGGUGGAAAAUGUCCAGAACUGUUAUGGACCGUGUGAAUGUACGCCUACCACCACAUCGGCAAAUAUUCACUCCGGUAACGUUGAAGCGGUGAGCAUUGGCCGCGGACUUGGCCUGAACACGUGGGUUGUAAGUACUACAGGAGACUCCCUUGCACCACUCGGAAGCACUGGCGAGCUGUUCCUCGAAGGUCCACUAGUCGGUCCCGGUUAUCUUAAUGAUGCGGAGAGAACCGCUACUUCUUUCAUCGAGGACCCUUCUUGGCUACUCCGAGGCUCCGCGACCCAUGCCGGACGCCACGGACGCUUAUAUAAAACUGGAGAUCUUGUUCGCUAUCUGCCAGAUGGGAGCUUGACCUUUCUAGGCCGAAAAGACAGUCAGAUCAAGAUAAACGGUCAACGUUUGGAACUCGGUGAUAUUGAGUACUACGUCCGAUCCAGUAUCACUUGCAGUUAUAAUGUUCAAGUAGUUGUGGAUGUGGUGAAGCCUCAAGACAGCGAGAAGCAGAUGAUUGUCGCUUUCUUGGCCGUUGAAGGGGAGGUGUCUCCAGGCUUGGACGAGAUCACAGCUGGUCUUCUUGACAGGCUCGUGGCCCAGGUACCUGCAUACAUGAUACCCACUGGUUACAUGUUGCUUGGAAGUAUACCAAUGACACCUUCGGGCAAGACGGAUCGACGCUCGCUCCGCACCAUGGCUGAGCAACUUAAAAGAAUCGAGCUUAUGGCGCAUGGUCCGACGCAGGGAAAAAGAAGGACACCAACAACAUCUCAAGAGAUUCAGCUCCAAGGUCUCUGGUCCUCUGUCCUCGGACUACCUCGCGAAUCUAUCGGCACCGAUGACAGCUUCUUACGCCUUGGGGGCGAUUCUGUUGGUGCCAUGAAGCUUGCUGGUCUGGCGCGUGACUGUGGGCUUUCAGUCACGGUGACUGACAUAUUCAAACAUCCACGCCUUGCUGAUCUUGCUAAAACCAUUCGAAGCUCAGCCAGCAAUCAACCUGAAAUCUCCGCACCGUUCUCGUUGCUGCACGGAGAUCAGACUCCAUCCGAGAUUCGGGCCCGGAUUUCUCAGCUCUGCAACGUUGACGCUACACACGUUGAAGACGCAUUUCCCUGUACACCCUUACAAGAAGGCCUGAUGGCUCUGACUUUGAGACGACCAGGAGAUUAUAUUGCCCAAAACACCUUUCAACUUCAAUCUACCAUUGAUAUCACUCUCUUCCAGCAGGCUUGGGAGCAUGUUCUGGAAACAACGCCUAUUCUGCGAACACGUAUUGUCGAUAUUGGCCUUCAAGGUUUGACUCAAGCGAUUAUUUCAGACGAAUCGAUUGCUUGGCCAAGAAUCACCGAUACUGUUAUUUACCAGGAAAAUGACAAACAGCUAGGCAUGGGCUUGGGCUCAUCCCUCAUGCGAUAUGCCAUAACCAGAAGCUCAAAUGGCCGAUACUCUUUCGUCUGGACUGUACACCACGCCUUGUACGAUGGCUGGUCAGUGCCAAUUGUUCUUGAGAGACUUGAGAUGGCAUACAAUGGAACGGUCUUGCAAACACCGCCCCCAUUCCAAAACUUUGUCAAAUUUAUCGGUCAAGGUGAUGACAAAGUUGCUGAUGAGUUUUGGGCAUCACAGUUUGGACAGAUCCACACUCCAUUGUUCCCAUCACUACCCUCGCCGGUCUACCAGCCUCGCUCUGAUAGUGGAGUUUCACAUCACAUAAAAGACAUACAGUGGCCAAAAACGGAGACGACAGCAUCAACCGCUAUACGUGCGGCCCUGUCCAUCCUUAUCGCAGGCCACUCUGACCAUUCACAUGCCCUCUUUGGUGCGACUGUCACUGGCCGCCAAGCGCCAGUCCCAGGGGUCGAGAGCAUGACAGGUCCAACUAUUGCUACAGUACCGAUCAGGGUAGCUCUUGAUAAUGCAAGCACCGUGGACCAAUUUCUGCAGCAAAUCCAGGACCAAGUUGUCGAUAUGACAGCAUUUGAACAGACUGGUCUGCAGAAAAUCCAAAAAGUCAACGAUUUAGCCAAACAAGCGUGCGAGUUUCAAACACUGCUGCUCAUCCACCCAUUUGAGCAGCCAAGCAAGUCCACAAGUCCUCUUUUCCUUGACACCGAUGUUGAAGUCGAGAAAGAUGGCCGUAUGAACGGGGACGAUACCGAUGAUGAUUCUUUUGCCAACUUUGAUACGCAUGCCAUCACGAUUGAGUGUGAUCUUGAGCCGACUGGCGCGUUGCUUCGCGUUAGGUUCGACUCUCAAGUGAUCAAAAAUGUCCAGGUGAAGAGACUCGCGGCUCAAUUUGACGUAAUUCUACGUCAGCUGUGCGAUCCAGAUUGGGCACAGCGCAAGCUUGUCGACAUCAACACCGUCAGUGCCAAGGACUUGGAACAGAUUUGGCAGUGGAACGCAGUCUUACCUGAGACUAUCAACCUAACCGUGCACGACUUGAUUGCCGAUAAUGCUUCCAAGCAUCCUGAUUCACCGGCAGUCUGCGCGUGGGAUGGCCACUGGACAUAUCAAGAAAUAGAUUCAAUUGCAACUCACAUCGCCCAUCGGCUUGUGACGCUAGGCGUUGGCCCUGAUGCCAUUGUGCCUCUUUGCUUUGAGAAGUCUCGCUGGAUGCCUGUAGCGAUGCUUGCUGUUAUGAAAGCAGGAGGCGCUUCUGUGGCUCUAGAUAUCACAUUGCCUCAAGACCGGCUCCGUACUAUCUUGCAGCAAGUUGAUCCGCUUUUGAUUCUGUCCUCGUCAUCAAGUCAGAAGCUUGCGAAGCAUUUGACGAGUCGAACUAUGGUAGUAUUGGGCGAUGACUACGAAAAAGACCUUUACAAACACCCUUUGCACAAGACACUCCCAAACGUUGAGCCGUGGAACAAUCUUUAUCUCGUCUUUACAUCGGGAAGCACUGGCGUUCCAAAAGGUGCUAUGGUUACUCAUUCCAACUUUAUGAGCGCCAUUCAUCAUCAACAAGCUAUUACAGGCUUCAAUAGAUCAUCGCGUGUAUAUGACCUUGCAAAGUAUGCUUUUGAUAUCAGCUGGUCAAAUUUCAUACAUACAUUGGCUGCUGGCGGCUGCCUUUGUGUUCCUUCACAGCAAGAGGCUAUUGACGAUAUUCCUGGCUCAGUCCGGGCGUAUGACGCCAAUUUCAUAGACAUUACUCCAUCUGUGGCAAGCACACUACAACCGUCAGACUUGGGCAGCCUGAAGACCGUAGUAUUUGCUGGGGAGGCGCUUUCCAAUCACCAGGCUUCACAAUGGUCGAAGCAUGCACGUGUGCUCAACAUGUACGGCCCGGCAGAAUGUACAGUCAAGGCUACAGUGGCCGAUAUUGACGGAUCCGGCUCGUCUUCAGCGGCUAGCAUUGGUCGUGGUGUUGGUCUGUGUACUUGGGUUGUCGACCCUUCAGACCCCUCCAAAUUGGCGCCAAUAAGCACAGUAGGCGAGUUGGUGUUGGAGGGGCCGCUUGUAGGAUCCGGAUAUCUCAAUGACUCUGCAAAGACUGCAGAGGUUUUUAUUGAUAAUCCGCCCUGGCUGCUCCACGGUGGUCCUGGCCACCGAGGCCGCAAUGGGCGUGUAUACAGAACUGGUGAUCUUGUCCAGUAUGAUAUUGACGGAAGUCUAACAUUUAUCGGUCGAAAAGACGGCCAGAUCAAGGUCAACGGCCAAAGAUUGGAACUCGGCGAUGUCGAAUACAAUCUGGCGGCAAGCCUCGGGACCGAAAUCAAAGUCCAGCUUGCCGCUGAAAUAAUAACCCCCAGCGAUGGUGACAAGCCAAUGUUGGCUGCGUUCAUACAGUCAUCCCGGCAGUUUGAGAGUUUCGAGUCGGAAGUGCAGGCACUGACGAAGGGUAUCAAUGACCGCCUUGCCUCCAAGGUCCCCAGACACAUGAUUCCAUCGGCCUAUAUUAUGGUCGAUAAGCUACCACUCUCUGCGACUGGUAAGUUGGACCGCAAGGAACUCCGAUCAUUGGGGGCGAGCAUGACAAUGUCGGAGAUUACAAGGUCGGCACAAUCGCAACAAGAACGCCGACCGCCGUCGACAGCGGCAGAGCUAUAUAUGCAGAAACUUUGGGCUCACACACUCGGUGUUGACGCCGAUUCAAUUAGUGCCGACGAUAGUUUUCUCCAACUUGGCGGUGACUCCAUUCUCGCCAUGAAGCUCACCACUCGGGCCCGAAGCGAAGGGUAUGAGCUCUCUGUUGCUGAUAUACUCAACAAUCCAAAACUUUCACACAUGGCCUUGCAUCUGCGAAAGGGGAACGAUAGGUCAGCUGUUUCUGCGCCGAGUUACCAACGGUUUUCACUUUUGCUACCAGAGAGCCAACCGGCAAUUGAGCAGAUCCUGUUUCAUCUCGGUGUCUCAACGGACAAUGUGGAGGACAUUCUUCCUGUUACCGACCAGCAGGCUCGCUAUCUCCUAACGAGUUACACAUCGGCUCGUAGCUCCGUGUACUACCACACACGCGACUUUUCACAUGAUUUCGAUCUUGAUGAAAUUCAUCGGGCUUGCUUCCGCCUCGUCAAACGUCUCGAUAUGCUGAGAACGGUCUUCUUUGCAUACAAGGAUGAGUUCCUGCAGGCUGUGCUCACACAGACAGCUGGAGAAGUUGACAUCUUUCGAACAACAGUAGAGAGUUUGGACGACUUUACAUUGAGAUUGAAGAAGCAAGACUUGCUGUGCAAAAUGGAGUUUGGAAAGACACCCACCAAGAUCCGCAUCAUUCACCAAAUGCGUGAGAAAAAGGCCCGCGUUGUGAUUCGUCUUUCCCAUGCCCAGUAUGACGGAACAGCACUAGCCAAAAUGUGGUCCGCUUUCGAAGAGUGCUAUAGCUCAGCCUCGAGCAAUGAUAUGAGCAUGGGGUCGAGUUUCUCUCAUUAUAUGCAUACUUUGUCCCUAGUCCAUAACCAAAGCGCCGCAGAAUAUUGGCGAGACAUGCUGCAAGGAAGCACACGAACACCCAUCAAAAGCCAGGCCGCACCCCGUCUCAGCUACGGGCUUGGUCCAACCGUUGCCAAGACUAUACCAGCAUGCAACUUGCAGUCUAGAGACUUUACCUUUGCUACCGUCCUGAAAGCAGCGUGGUCAUAUGUCCUCUCAAAACACUCAGCAACUAGCGACAUUGUUUUUGGCACCCUGGUACACGGCCGCAACCUGCCAGGCACACAAGACGUUUUCGGUCCCUGCGUUAAUAUCGUCCCUUGUCGCCUCAUCUUCCAAGAAAACUGGACGGCCCGGGAUCUCAUUUCCGCCGUCAACUCUCAGCAGAUGGCCAGCAUGCCGUACGAGACAAUGGGCUCCCGAGACAUCAUCCGCAACUGCACAAGUUGGCCCAAGUGGGCCUAUUUUGGUUCAGUCAUUGUGCACCAGAAUUAUGAGAAUCGCCAGGAGGAAGACCCUGUUAAAGAUUUCGAUCAUUCCGACCUUUCGACCGGUGAUAUUGACAGCGUCGAAGUCUACAUCACGUCUACGCCAAGCCCAGAGAGCACAGAAAUCGACCUUACCUUUACCCACAAUACCGUCUCUCCUUGCCUGGCAGACCAGCUCGCUUCAGAUCUGACUCGCACCAUCACUGAAUUCUACAAAGACUUGGACACGAAAUUGAUGGCACCCGGCGACAUUCAGAAUCAAUCGGCCUUGCUGCCUGUGACAGGCGAUGCAAGGACAAAUAUCGCUCCGCCAACUAGCGAGCAAAUAAUGAUGCUCAAGAGUUGUCCGAGCAAGCUAAGAGAUGACCUCGGCAGUGCUUGGAAGAAUGUGCUCAGACACCAUGAUGUGCCUAGUGAUCUGUCCUGCGAAACCUUUUUCGAACUGGGUGGUGAUGCCCACAAUGCGGGCCAGUUAGCCGCUCAUAUGCAACGGCAAGGCUACCAGCUUAGGAUUGAGGAUGUUUUUGAGCAUCCGACAUGGUUUGACCUUCUACUUGAAACUAUGAAGCACCAAUAA